AUGUACUUUACUCUUGUCUCAACCACCACAGACACUAUCAUUGUGACUAGUUAGUUAUGUGUAUUGCUAUGAUUACCAACACCACAACACCUGCUUGCAUAGGCUAGCCUAUAUUCAUAUUGUAUUUCUGAUACUGAGAAUUGGCAAUUACUGCAAUAUGGAUUUUGAUCAGUCGAAAAUAACAAAGCAAGGCAAUGGUAGCUGAAAAUUUGCAGCAUAAUAAAAUUCAUUGUUGAUUUGAUUUGUUGUGAGUUAUUUGUAAUCAUGAUUUAUAUGUGCAAUGUUCAGUACAUUAAAUGGCGACCCAGGCCUGGCUUUAAUGGUAAUGGUGGUGGUACUUCUCUUCCAUGGCACUGAAUCUCCUCUGCUCCUCUCCUCUCCCCAGUGGACCGUGGGUCGAAGCGCAGGCAGGUGAAGCCUCUGGCUGCCUCUCUGCUGGAUGCCUUAGAUUAUGACAGCUCAGAUGACAGUGAUUUCGAAGUGGGAGACGCAGAUGCCUCAGGUAACCAACAGCAGUGGGGGUCCUCUUCCAUCCACUCCCUGGAAAUGUAAAUUACACCCUUUCUUCCCCCACACACUCAGUUCAUUCCUGUUAUGUUGUGAUGCACAUCUUCUUCAGUCAGUUCAGAUAGAACUGGAGAGGAGGAAGAUGGAGCUCAGAAUUAAUUAUUCAAACCAACUUGAAAUGUACCCAAAAGCAAGGCAGUGAUUUCUAUUGCAGUUUGUUGCUAUUUGAUUGUGUAUCCUUUUAGAAGUUGGCCCUCAUGGACUACUCAUAGUCAUGAAGUCUCUAUUUAGCUGUGGCUUGAAUAGCUUUGAAUGACACUUCAAUGUCCAGCUGUGAGAUUUUCCCAGCUGUGAUAUUUUCCAUCUCAACACAGCUUUCAGAAGACUAUCUCCACCAUGACUCUCUGUCCGGUGUGUCUGUCAGUGCCACCCCACUCUCAGAUGCAGGCAUCCCAAGGUGUAGAUGAAAUCCUCAUCACCCUGCUUGUCUGUGUCUGGUAGUGACCUUGUAGAGCGGUGUGUUUCUCACUGACUCACUGCAUGAUCUAGAGACAGGCUGAGGAGAUCUCGGCCUGUCACUGUCUGUUUGAGCUGGAUUUAUCGCUCUGUUGGCCCUGAAGUCUUCAUCCACCCUAUCUGAAACACACACACUGAGGCCAGCAGCUGAUAAUGAGAUUCUACAGUACUGUGAAUCUCCUGGGCUCUGUGGUGUUGGAGUGUUGGACGCUGGACCUGUCAACUGAGACCUUGAAAUCCAACAGCUCUUGUUAAUCUUAUUAUUAAUCUGCAUUGCAGAUUAGACUACAUUACAUAACGUUAGAGAGCUGAAUUCAACUUUGUUAUCACAUAUCAACAUGAUUUGUUCAUAACAGUCCUUCAGGUCAUGUUAAUCUUUAUUUAAAGUGUCUCAAUACAAACAAAUAACAUAAAAAGAGAGCGAGAUUAAGACAGCAGACAUGCUUUCAUUCAUACUCCAUGUUGAACACGCCUUCUGUCCUCUUCCCCCCUGUUCUAGGGUCAGAGGGUAGUGCCAUUGGGAGUGAUGAGGAGGAGGGGUCCAAGGAGGAGAGCGCUGCUGAGGACUCUGACAACGACAGCGACUCGGACAACAUCGGCUCUGCAACGGACGGCAUCAAUGAGGAACAGACCAAGGAGCUGACAGGUGACGACACCCCCACCGAGGAGGAGGAGAAGACCAAGGAACAGCAGCCGUCCUCUGACACUGGCACCACUACCACUAAAGACCCUGCUCCAUCAGGGGUGCCCAGGGGCCAACGGAGGAGAGAAGAGAAGGUUUCGGACACAGAGGCUGGGAGUGGAGGAAGCGGGAGUGGCACAGGUAGGCUAUGUUUUCAAAUGUUAUUUUUUUAUAUUCAUGUUUUGAAAUUAUAAUAAACGUGAAAAAUUAAAACCCUUGAUCCAGGUAGUGGUAAUGCGGAGGACGGCGGCUCAACAACGGCCGCCACACAGGAGCCCAAGAAGUGGAAUCUGCGUCGUAACCGCCCCAUGCUGGACUUCACCACCAUGGAAGAGCUCAACGAGAUGGACGACUACGACAGCGAAGAUGACAACGACUGGAGGCCCGCCACCGGCAAGAAGAAAGCCAAGACGGCGGCUGCCCAGAAAGGAGGAAGCGAGGGAGAGGAGGACGAGGAAGAUGACGACGGAGGGAGCGGUAGUGAUGAGGAUGACAAUGGUGGUGAUGAUGAUGAAGCUGAGAACGAAGAAGGGUGCAGUAGCGACAGUGAUAAAGAGGUGAAGAAACCCAAGAGGAAAGUGAAGAGCAGCAGUGUGUUUGACGAGGAGCUGACCAAUGACAGCAUGUCACAGGGAAAGAGCAACGAGGUAAACACAACUUGAUGUCCUUGUCCUCUUUAUCACUUUAAUACUUUGUUGUUUGCAAACUGCCUCACGCCCUCAGCAUGUAGGCGUAUCAUGUAGUCGUGAAAGUUGUUAGAGAAGUUUGUAUAACUCUCUGAUCCCUUCAUUGGAUCCAGUGUGGUAGCCAGCCCAGCACUAUGUUACUAUGUGCCACAGAGUUAUCUUAUAAUCCAAUGAGGAGAUUGGAUGGUAUCAAGAGUGAGAGAACCACAGAGACUGUUAAGCUAAUCGACUUAGCUUAGAGUCCAUCAGUGUGAAUGAGAUUUAGCCUACUGCUGUCUAUCAAUUACAAUCUGUGGCCAGAUGAGAGGGGAGAUUGUGAGAAGCUUUAGAUUUAGGACUUGGAGGAACUUUGUUUGAAGAGGCCGGGGAACUUUAUUUUUUGCGGUCCGGUUGCGUACAAACAUAUUAGAAUCACACGUAACAGUGUAUUACAUUCAAACACGGAGAUGAAGACAUUUUAGAGACCUAUACAUUUCACCUAGUUAAAAACAGAACACGUGUACAACAGCCACAAUAUAGUGUAUAAGAGUACAUUGAUAUUGGUUUUACUGAAACUUUACUGUGUCUCCCACUUCCUGUCUACCCAGGAAGCCCUGCUGGAGCGUGCCCAGACGUGGAGCGCGGCGGCCCAGAGGAUGGAACACAUCCUGAUCUGCUGUGUGUGUCUGGGAGACAACAGCGAGGACGCUGACGAGAUCAUCCAGUGUGACAACUGUGGUGUGACCGUACAUGAAGGUAAGCACCACCAAGAGAUAUGUAGCUUAUAUAAUAGUAGCCUUUUCUUAUUCUAGUUCUAUGGUAGGCACAGGUCAGAAACACAGCUGUUCAGAAGGGCUAGGACUACCUUGGUAGCUGUUCAGGUUUUUUUUGUCAAGGCAAAGAUUUAAGGAUGAGCAGGUGUUUAGGUGCCAGGCUGGGUUUUGGUAGCAAGUUCCAUAUACCCACAACCAGAAUCAAACACGAAAUAAUCACCACUUCACCGUCCACCCCACACCUAAACAUAAGCAGGGAAACCAGCAAUACAAAAGGGCAUUCUCCCCAUAUAGCCCUGGCCUGGGGAAUCAACAGACUAACCCUCUUCCUCUUCAUCUAAAUUAUGGGCUCAUUGUGUCUCCCUCUGACUGGUUGGAAACAAAUCAACGCUGGCCAUGGACACCACUGGAUCAAUGUGACAGCGCUAAUUUUCAAUUACAGAUGUUUUACUGAUUUAAAGCACCUAGAAACGGAAUGUAUGCAGGCACACAUGCAGGCACGCACACACACACACCAUGGCCAUUGGCAGCACUAAAUCAGAGGGUAACCUUGAAACAGCCAGGGUCUUUCAAGUGCCCCCCCCCUCUCUCACUCACUCAUUCACUCACACACACACUUAUCUCUCCCUCCCUGUGUUAAUAUUGUGUUCCUCUGAGACCUGUCUAAUCUCCAUGAGAAGAUGGGACCAUGCUGAGUGGUGUGGUCAGGGACUGGAGAGACCAGGGCAGAACAGAGGGGACCAUGCUGAGUGGUGUGGUCAGGGACUGGAGAGACCAGAGCAGAACAGAGGGGACCAUGCUGAGUGGUGUGGUCAGGGACUGGAGAGACCAGGGCAGAACAGAGGGGACCAUGCUGAGUGGUGUGGUCAGGGACUGGAGAGACCAGAGCAGAACAGAGGGGACCAUGCUGAGU